CGUAGCGUUGGGAUCUCCCAAGCCGGCUGGGGCUGAACUGCUUGCCCCACCUGGGCCCCGGGUCAGGUUACCUUAGCAGCUCUUAGCUGCCGCCUCAGGCGGACACCUGCACCGAGGAUGCGCGGCCUGCCGCUGGGCAGGCAGCAACUAGAGCUGCCAACCUGGUCACCACCACCACAACCUUCACCUCCAACUUCCCCACCACCAUCAAGACCACCGUCGCCGAUUUCGCCCGAGGUAUUACCACCACCACCACUAAAACCGCACUGGCGACGUCGACUACGGCUCCCCACGAAACGACAACCAAUGAUUGUCAUCCUCGUUCUCCUCCUGGCGGCGGCCCUGCUCACCUACUUCUUCAUCUCAGAAGCGACCCUCUCGGCCCCCUGGAAGCCCGACCCCUCGGCCCGCCUCUUCGCCCAGCGGCCGUUGCCCCCGCCCCUCGACGACACGUUCCUCUCGUCGCCCAAGUACACCCUGCCGCUGCGCACGCGGGGGCGCGAUGUGGUCGACGCCAACGGCCGGCGCUUCAAGCUGGCCAGCGUCAACUGGUACGGCGCGUCCGACGAGCUGUUCGUGCCGGGCGGGCUGGACGUGCGCCACCGCGACGACAUCGCCGCGCUGAUCCGCUCCAUGGGCUUCAACUCGGUGCGGCUGCCCUACGCGGACGAGACGGUGAUGGCCAACCCGGUGGUCGCGCCGCACCUGCUGAGCGCGAACCCGGACCUGGUGGGGAAGCGGGCGCUGGACGUGUUCGAGGCGGUCGUGCAGGCGCUGACCGACCAGGGCAUCGCCGUCAUCGUCAACAACCACAUCACCAGCGCGACGUGGUGCUGCGGGGCAGACCCAUGCGAUUCCGGGUGGGCGAAUGAUCACCUGCCCGCGGUGCUGUGCCGGGUGAGGCAGACCGAGGAGCAGUGGGUGCAGCACUGGGAGGAAGUGAUGGGCCGGUUUGUGAAGAACCGCCUGGUGAUCGGGGCGGAUUUGAGGAACGAGGUCCGGGGCUUCUGGGGGACCAUGCCGUGGGAGAAGUGGGCCGCGGCGGCGGAGAAGGCGGGGAAUAGGCUGCUGAAGAUGAACCCGGAUUGGUUGAUCAUCGUGGGCGGGACCGAGUCGUGCAACGAUCUCUCGGGGGUAGCGAGGCGGCCGGUGGUGCUGGACGUGCCCGACCGGGUGGUCUACUCGGCGCACGUGUACUCGUGGAGCGGCUGGGGCAGUCUGGGAGGGAGGUAUUCCAAGCGGACGUACGCGAGCUUUGUCCAGUCGAUGCGCAAGAACUGGGCGUACUUGGUCGAAGGCAACAUCGCGCCUGUCUGGGUGGGCGAGUUUGGCGCGCCCGACAAGCCCAAGCGGGGGGACGCCAACUACUGGAACAACCUGAUGCGCUACCUCAAGACGAUCGAUGCCGAUUUCGGGUACUGGGCCAUCAACCCGAGGAAACCAAAGGACGACGAGAGGGAGACAUACUCGAUCCUAAAGGACGACUGGCUCACGCCGCUGCUGGACUACCGCAUGAAGGACAUGACCGAGAUGAUGCGGGCCGGCAGGAGAAAAUAAGGGCAGAGGAGGUGUGUUGUCUCUGUGUGUGUGUAUGUGUGUGCCGGUGAAUGGGGGCAUGCUCUUUGGUCUCAUGCGCCU